AUGGCGCCCUCGAAAGCCCCCGUGUCGUGGGAUGACGACGAGUCCGGCUCCGACAGCACCACCCCAUCCUCGCCGCCGGCACCUGCAGUCGCCGUGCGCCGCAACAAGUUCGACGACGAGGAAGACGAAGAUGUUCUCGAGUCGUGGGAUGCCGCGGAAGACAGCGAAGAGGAGCGCGAAAAGGCAAAGAAGGCCGCCGAGGCCAAGGCCAAGGCAGACGCGCUUGCAAAGGCGAACGCGAAAUCCAAGUCGCAGCGGAUAGAGGAGAAGCGCAACGAGCGACUACGACAGAAGGCCGAGACCCUUGACUUGGAGGACAGCGAUGAGGAUGAGGCGACAAGGCGGGAGCGACAGCGGCAAGCCGAGAAGGACGGCGACUUUGCCGCCGCUGAGGAUCUUUUCGGUGGCGUUGGUGGCGUGCCCGAGAGUAGAAGCAAGGCCACAAAGGCUGUGACAGUCCAAGCGAGCAACGCGCCGGAGGACAAGGUCGACCUUUCGAAGUUGAGCAUCUUCAACCCGAAUACUGCACUGCAGUUUAACAAGCUUCGCGAGGUACUCGUGCCACUGCUGAAUCAGAACGGCAAGAAACCACACUACGAGCUGUUCAUGAAAGAGUUCACGAAGCAGAUCGUGCGCGACCUGAACAGCGAGCAGGUCAAGAAGUUGGCCAGUGGUCUUACAACAAUCAGCAACGAGAAGCUGAAGGAGGAGAAGCUGGCCGAGAAGGGUGGAAAGAAGAGCAAGGCGGCAAAGACGAAGACGAGCCUGAAUGCUAGCAGGAACCUGGCAAGCACGGCUGAUGUGGGUGCUUACGAUGAUGAUGGUCUUGAUGAUGGUGACUUCAUGUGA